AUGGGCACUAGCCGCAGGCACGAAGGCAACAGCGGGCGCAGUGUGCUCCGCACCCUGUUUGCCUCGUGCUUUCACAAACGACCAGGGCAACCUCCACCAAAGGCGCCGCCUAGUGAGGGAGCGACCGAGACUGACAGCGGCGACUCAUCACUGCAUUCUCUCCCGGUCCCUACUAUUAAUUCCAAUCCAAAACCUGCACCACAGCUCUCCAUUAGAGAAGCCCCACCCAACACCACCAUCAAGCCUCCAGACAUCAUCAUGCCCAAGGCACCGAAAAAGUCAAAGUCUGCCACCAAGAAGGCCGCCCCCGAUCUGUCGGCCAAGGGGGCAAAGUCCAAGUCGAAAGACAGGUCGCCACUCAAGUUCGUUUUUGUUUAUGCAGCGCAGUCCGCACAUGCACUCUUGAAUAGAACCGCUGACCUCGAAUCUUUCUGCUCUAGAUACUUUUCUGCCCAUGAUGGAGCUUCGAGUGCGAAGCAGCAGGAGGCAGACGCGCGAAAGAAGCAGUUAGAAGCCAUCUUUGAUGAUUUCGAGACUGACGAGGACAAGAAUGACAACCACGAUAGCGGGGACCCGGCCCUGGGGGCAGAUUCAUCUAUGCGCUACCUCGAGGCUGUGGGCGCCAACCCUGCCGAUUACAGCCUGCUUGUGGUGUGUGAAAUCGUCAAGGCCACGACCAUUGGAGAAAUUACCAAGGAAGGCUUUGUGGAGGGCUGGAGCGAGGUGAUCGAAACUCUCGACGCCAGCGUCAAACCCGACCUGGCAACCCAAAAACGCUAUGUCCAAUCUCGGAUGAAGCAGGUCUCCCACGACCCAGCCUAUUACAAGAAGCUGUACCAGUACGCCUUUAUUGUUGGGAAAACUAACAAGGCCAUGGCCAUGGACACGGCUUGCGCUAUGUGGGAGAUGCUUUUCGACGCCGGCAUUGGGCACGAGUGGAAGACUGCCAAUGUCAACUGGUUGGAGUCGUGGUCAGAGUACCUGCAGGAGAAGUUUUACGUUCCGCCACCAAAUCCCGACGCGGCCGAAGAAGGAAAGUGGACACGCACCGUGAGCAAGGACUUGUGGAACCAGACAUUGGUGUUCGUCAACAAGACGCUCGAGGAUGAGUCCCUUGGUUUCUGGUCCGAGGAGCAAGCUUGGCCAGGCAUCAUCGACGACUUUGUGGUCUGGUGCCGGGAGAAGGGGAUUGUGGCUCCCAAGGCCAAGGACGACAUGGACGUGGACGAGUAG